ACAUAAAAAAAGCAAAUAAACAACAAAUAAAAAAUGAGUACAGCAGGAAAAGGAGGAAAAGCUAAAGGAAAAACCGCAUCUUCAAAGUAAGUAUCUAGAUCAAAUAGAGCAGGACUUUAAUUCCCUGUCGGAAGAAUUUCUAGAUUUUUAAAAUAAGGAAGAUAUGCCUAAAGAGUAGGUAGUGGAGCCCCUGUAUAUAUGGCUGCAGUAUUAGAAUAUUUAGCAGCUGAAGUUCUUGAAUUAGCUGGAAACGCUGCCAAAGAUAACAAAAAGUCAAGAGUUGUUCCUAGACACAUUUUAUUAGCUAUUAGAAAUGAUGAAGAAUUAAAUAAAUUGAUGUCUCAUACAACUAUUGCUGAUGGUGGUGUUUUACCUAACAUUAACCCAAUGUUAUUACCUUCUAAAACUAAAAAGUCAGAAACUGGAUAAGCAUCUUAAGAUGUUUGAAAAUAAGAAAAAGUUAAAUAAUAUAUAUUUAUUGUUUUUGGUGUUUUAUUUUUUUAAAUAAUAUAAAUUUCUGUUUAAAAUGUAUGUAUAAGCGGGGUUUUAAAAUAUUUU